AUGAAUCUGAUACCGGCAUACCACCCAAAACGCACUCUAAAGUCUGCAUCGAAGAACCUCUUUGUAGUACAGAAAUUUCGCACACAGGCAUAUGGCAGCUGUUUAUUUUCAGUUGCCUCCUCACAAUUAUGGAACAAUUACGUCACAAAACCAGAACACAUACAUACACUUUCUCAUUAUGAGGCUAGGGAGUGGAGUGAUUUUGGUCGUGAGAAAAAAUCAUGUUACCGCGACGUACAAGAAUUGAACCAAGACUCUGGGAUUAGAAAUGGAGCAUAUGAUAUCAAUGGUAUUGAGAAGCUUGGGUCAGAUCCUAAAGUUGUUGAACUCUUCAAGCUCAAAAAGGACGAAGUUAUUUUUGAUGAUGACAGCGAUAUUUUCAUUACUUCAGGAUCUACUGGUAAACCGAAGUACGUGGUUCACACACAUUUCAGUGUGAUUAAUGGAGCAAAGGGUAUGUUUUACUACCUUGAAGGAAUGCCAAAUAAAGAGAAUCGAAGAAUUCUUGGGCUUAAUACAUCUCAUAUUAGUGGAGAAGGAAGUGGUGUGUUGCCUCCAUUGGUGGCUUCUAUGACGUCAGUGUUUGCACCCACUAUGUACAACAUAAAACAGAUUGUGCAGGCAAUUCAAAAUGAAAGGUGUACUGAUGUGCUCUUCUUAAUUUCUUUUCUAUACGACAUGUUGAACUUCAAGGACAUCGGAGAAUAUGAUGUUACAUCUCUCGAUAUUUGUACGUAA